AAAAACUUCUGUUGAGGUUCUUACACAAAAUCUUAAUUCUAUUGAUUUUCAUCAAAAAAAUCUUUGGAUAUCUCUUAGGAAAUGUACGAAUCUUCUAAAAAGUUUAAUUUUAUUUGAAGUGAAGAAUCUAAAUGUGCCAUAUGUAUAUUCGAGAAACGGUGAUACAUAUGUACAUUGUACACAGUAUGUUCCCACUCUGUCAUUGCUAACCAGAACUGGAGUUUAUCUUUUUCAUUUUUAUUAGUUUUGGACUCUGAUUUGACUUGAACUUAAUAUAUAGAUGAAAUGAGUUUAAAUUUUUAAAUCUGGUGAAAUCUAAUCAUUUUAUCAUCGAAGUUAUCCCCUUUGGACAAGGCUAAAUACAACAAAUUGCUAAUGUAUAGCAAUGAUUUCAUCAGUGACUGUGAUUUUGAUGAAGGAUGCUGCUGCUGUUGUGCUCCAACUUAUAAUUAUCUUGGGAGUAAUUAUGCCAUACUGCAAAGCUACAAAUGGACUACGAGUACCGACUUUCAUCCAAGAGCCACCACCACGUCUUCUAUUUAGCAACGAUACGGGAACUCAGGUUUCAUGCACGGCACAUGGCAAUCCACCACCUACAGUCACUUGGGUUUUAAAGGAUGGCUCAAUGGCGACACCUGUUCCUGGCCUUAGACAAACACCAGGAAAUGGCACUCUUUAUUUUCCUCCAUUUCUCGCGCAGUAUUUUCGAACGGAUGUGCAUGAUACAACAUACAGAUGCAAGGCUAGCAAUGAGGUUGGAACCAUAUUGAGUCGAAAUGUCCGUGUGCAAUCUGUUGUCAGACGAAAUUUUCAUAUACGAAUUGAAAACACCGAAGCCUAUUUGGGAAACUCUGCUCUGAUAAAGUGCACAAUACCCGACUAUGUGCGUCAAUAUGUUAAAGUGACCAGCUGGAAUCGAGGCGAUGAGGUUCUACUACCGGAUCAAUCUGAUGUGGCUAGCAGAUAUGUGGUACUUUCAACAUCUGGUGAUCUCUAUAUUCGGUCUGUUCGAUCUGAAGAUGGACUAGUAAAAUUUUCGUGCCUCACUACAAAUACCUUAAGCGGCGAGCGUCAACGAAGUGAUUCAAUAUCACCAGCUAUUAGAGAACUUAGUAAAAACCUAGCACCUUCUACAACUCAAAAGCCUGUUAUUGAAAUUCACAUCGAAAGAGGAAACGACGUUCACCUGCCCUGCAACAUACAAGGCAAUCCUUUUCCAAUAUUCACAUGGUACCGAGUGUCUGAUUCGUCAGCUUUGUAUCCUAUUCCAUCAUCCCAGAGGAUUAUACUUACAAGAACACUUCUGCUUAUUAAAAAUGCUGAUGAUCGAGACUCUGGGAAAUGGAUAUGUCAAGCAUCGAAUCAAUUUGGAGAACAAAGAAUUGAAAUUCGAUUGAUAGUAGAAUCAUAUGUAUCUGUUCAUAUUUUGCCGCAAGUACAAAUUGUUAAUUCGGGUGGAACGGCAAUAUUUAAUUGUUCGACAACAGGAUCAUUGGUAGAAAGCGUUGACUGGCUUCACAAUGGUAGACCAAUAAUGGAAGAAAAUAAUCUUAGCACUGGUCGCGAUAACGUCCGUCUGUUAUCCAAGACCUCCCUAAUGGUGCAGAAUGUAGGCCGAAAAGACAAAGGAGUCUACCAAUGUUUGGUUGGUAACAACAAAGCAAGCGCACAAGCUAUGGCUGAACUUAAGCUGGGCGAUACUGUUCCAGAACUGAUUUAUACAUUUAUUGAACAAAACGUACGCCCCGGUCCGUUAAUAUCACUCAAAUGUUCAGCUAGUGGUUCACCGCCACCUCAGUUUUCCUGGUUUCUUGACUCUCAGCCGCUAAUGGAUGUGUCACUUCAUCAUCGCGUUGCAAUUGGACAAUAUGUGGACAUGUCUGGAGAUGUGAUAAGUCAUUUAAAUAUAUCUCAUGUUCGACCCGAUGAUGGAGGACUCUAUAAGUGUGUCGCUUCCAAUACAAUGGGCAAUGUUGCCCAUGCAGCGCGACUAAAUGUUUAUGGUCCUCCAUAUGUUCGUGCAAUAGGACCAAUCAAAGCAGUAGCUGACGAAGAUAUAACAGUACAUUGUCCAUUCUCCGGAUAUCCCAUCGAACAAAUAAGAUGGGAAAAAGGACAUCAGGAAUUGACAUCAAGUAAGACUAAUGAUUGUUUAUUCCCCUUUUUCUAUGUUUUUUUUUCAAUUUCUUUUUUCUUUAAUUCAGAUUCUCACUAUUCACUCGCUUCGGUGCAAGAAGGAGGUUACUUAGUUAUAAAGGAAGUUGAUUCAGCCCGGGAUGCGGGACUUUAUACUUGUAUUGUUCGAAGUCGUACGGGUGAAGAAUCCCGCCGUGAUAUGCAACUAACAGUGAAUAGUCCCCCAGUAAUUGAACCGUUUAAAUUUCCGAAAAAUCUCCAGGAAGGCGGAAGGGCCCAAAUAACGUGCGCUGUCUCAUCAGGUGACAUGCCAAUCUAUUUUAGCUGGAAGAAAGAUGAUAUGUCUAUACCUAUGAGUUUACAGAUAACCGAAAAAAAGGAAGAAUUUUUUUCGUUAUUAGUCUUCAAGGAUAUUAGCUCAAAGCAUAGUGGGAAGUAUACGUGUUUUGCCAGCAAUGCUGCUGCAAAAAUCAACUAUACAGCAGAGUUACAAGUUCGAGUUGCUCCACGUUGGUCAUUUGAACCGAUGGAUACAGCUAUUAUGCUAGGAAAUACAAUAUCUAUAAAAUGUGACGCUGAAGGAUAUCCUAUUCCUUCAAUAUCAUGGUUUAAGGGCCAAGGAAAACUAUCGAAGGACUUUAAACCUCUGAACAUGCGAAACCAUUCACUGGUGCUCAAUUUAGCAACUGAUGCAGACGAAGGAUAUUAUAUGUGCCAAGCUGCAAAUGACAUCGGUGCUGGCCUCAAGAAAAUAAUUCGCAUUAACGUCAAUGAACCCGCACGAUUCGAGCAACCUGCACGAAAUGUAUCAUCCCGCCGCAACGAUCCAGUCACCCUACAGUGCCAUGCCAAGGGCGAUGAACCCAUAACCAUAUCAUGGACGCACAACAACGGUCGUAUCGAUUUGAACAACUACCGCUUCAGCAUAGCCGAAAUGAAAACAGACAAGGGUGUUGACUCCCAGCUGUCCAUAUCUCGUUCCGACCGACACGACUCCGGUCUAUACAAAUGCAUAGCAGAGAAUCCAUAUGGCCGUAGCGAACAAGUUAUAUUCCUUGCCGUACAAGAGCGACCCGACACCCCCUCCAGCUUAGAAGUUUUCGAGGUAGGCAGUCGCACCGUCAAGCUAUCCUGGCGUCGACCUUUCGACGGAAAUUCACCCGUCCUCAGCUAUCUCGUACAAUAUCAACCGUUGAAAUAUCUGCAAAGCCAUUCGGCUCUAGGCAUCGCUAAAAAUGAAUGGAAUGGCCCAAACAUAAUUAACGUCACUCUACCCUCAACGAGUGUCAGCAAGAGCUAUGACACUGACCUACGAGAAAAUGCUAUCGUUUCGGGACUUACUCCAGCCACGACAUUUCUUAUUCGCAUGCAAGCAAUAAACGAAAUCGAAAGGAGUCAGUUCACAGAGCCGAUUGUGCUGAAGACGCAGGAAGAAUCACCCACAGAGGCACCAUCGAAUGUUCAAGUCCAAACGGGUGGAGAAAGUGAACUUAUUGUUACAUGGCAGAUACCUCCACGAGAAUCCUGGAAUGGUGAACUUAUCGGGUACACAGUAAAUUGCACUGAGGAGAAGCAAAACAUCAACUACAUUAGCGUCGUAAAUAAUUCAUUAAAAUCUGUUGUCGUUAGUGGGUGGGCCACAACCAAAGCAACCCUUCGUAAUCUCCGAAAAUAUACAAGAUAUGCAGUGACAGUGCGCGCUCUUAACAGCUUUGGUUCCGGACCCUGGAGUGCAGCUGUACUGGGAACAACUCUAGAGGGAGUUCCGGAAGCACCACCACAAAAUGUCAACUGCACCGCACUGUCUUCGCAGAGUUUAAAGAUAUCCUGGUUGGAGCCAUUAUUGCAAUUUCAUGGAGGCAUAAUACAAGGAUAUAAGAUUUUAUAUCGACCAAUUGUGAACCAGAAUGACUUUGCAUCAAAAAUGGAAAUCAAAAGAACAUCCAAUUUGGAGACAUACUUGCAUACGUUGCAUAAAGCAACAAACUAUUCUAUACGAGUCCUAGCGUACACUUCAUCAGGUGAUGGCUUGGCAAGCAAUCCAAUCUACUGCCAGACAGAGGAUGAUGUUCCAGAUGCACCAGCUGCUAUAAAAGCAGGUGCGCUUACAGCCGAUUCUAUUUUGAUAUCAUGGCUGCCGCCAAAGAACCGUAAUGGAAUAAUUUCCCACUAUACAGUAUAUUCGAGGGAAGCUGGUCGUAAAGGACAAGCAAAAUCUCAUAUGGUGCGGGUAGACGAGUACGGAUAUCCGAUAACGUUCGAAUCCAGAGGACUAGUCGAGAACCAAAUGUACGAAUUUUGGGUAUCAGCUUCAACAUCUGUGGGAGAAGGUGAACCGACAUCUGUGGUCGCACAGGCCACAAAUACAAGAGCACCGGCCCGAAUAGCUUCGUUUGGACAAACAAUACGAAAGGCUGUCGGAACAGGUUUGAUUCUGGAAUGUUUGGCUGUGGGUAAUCCUACUCCUCGGGCACGAUGGUUGACAAGAGAUCGUCCGGUGACAUUUAGUCCUUUCUAUGAGGUUACCAAUGAAGGCAACUUGAAAAUACAUCGUAUUGAGAGUAGCUUGUCCGGAAAUUACUCUUGUACAGCGAAUAACCUUUUUGGCAAUGAUGAAAUUCAUUAUCAAGUUAUAGCAAUGAAACCACCCGCAUCCCCCCAAAUUAUUGUGCAAUACGCAUCGGCAGAUAGUAUACGAGUGAGCUGGGAUGCACCCGAUGAUGGGGGAGCACCCCUUCAGGGUUAUACAAUAUAUUACAGAAUGAUUGGUGGGACAUGGACGCCCGUGGAACUAACGCCCGAAAACACUGCUUACACAAUUACGGGGCUGAAGUGUGGCAAUCAAUACAUAAUCAAAAUGUCUGCUCAUAACAUUGUCGACGAUGGGGCGGCUUGUGAGGAGAUUAACGUCUGGACCAAGGGGAAAGCUUCCCAGGCUCCGAAUGGCAAUGAACUAAUCGCAACGAAUGCUACAUGCGUUAAUUUGAAAUUGGCAACAUGGAACAAUGGUGGUUGUCCAAUUAGUCACUUUGCAAUUGAACAUCGUCCAUUAGGCGACAUCCGAUGGACAGUUGUCACAUCCGACAUAUCCAACGCCGAAGAGAAUCGUGAAAAUUUAAUAUUUUGUGAUUUUCUGCCAGCCAAAUGGUAUCAAUUGCGUAUAUCGGCAACAAAUGACGCCGGCAAAACCACAGAACACUAUCACUUUGCCACAACCAACCUAGAUGGUGUUAAAAUUUCGCCACCGCCCGUCUUUCCAUCGGAAGCUGAUUUGACCAACAAUUUAAUAAAUGCAAAUCCUGCCAAUGAUUGGUUUUCAACAUUGAUUGUCAUCAUCAUCAUUAUCAUCGGCAUCAUUAUUGUUGGAUUGAUUGUUAAGCAUCGAAGAACAUUGUGCGCACCAAUUUCCGACGGAUAUGAAUCAAGAGCACUCCCGGGCGACUACAAGGAAGAUCAUGACAAUCGGCGAAAUCAGCAAGUCUAUAGUGCAUCUCCGGUUAAGACUGUGGAUAAAGGAAACGAAUCAGAAAUGUACGAGAUUUCGCCAUAUGCUACAUUCAGUGUCAACGGAGGCAGGACGGGCGCAUCAAAUCCGACAAAAACUCCAACGCGGGGAGUAACACCGUCUACGUUGGACUACACCAUGCAAUUCAAAACAUUCGGUCAUCCAGAGGGAGAUAAUUUAAAUGCGACUGCCUAUCCAAUAUUACCAAGCUCAGGCUUUGGACACGUAAAAUCCAAAUCCAGUUGGCAUAAGCAACGAUAUUACAAUACUGAUGAUGAUUCAACACUAAGUAAAUCCAUGACAAUGGUGGCGGGAGCUUCGCAAGGCCAUGUUAAGAAAAGCAGUCGCGAUGGAAAUCGCGCCAAGGGACAGAGCCGAGUGAACAGCGACCCAAGCCAUUGUGGCUCUGAGUCAGACACAAGCGUUAGUCCCAGUACUGAAUUUUCCAAUAUGCCUACAUACAGAGUUCCUGUGAAAUCGUCAAGGGGAGGAGAUAUUUUUCGACCUGAUUCCAGUACAGAGUCAAACAAUGAUCAAUCAUCACCAGUCGAUCGACGAUUAGCUACACCCCUUCACAUUGGUGGAGUUGAGAAAAGAUCAAAUCGAUCCCAUGGAUCCCGAAACCACCAACUUAUUGAUCACACAAAGGAAAGUCAUUCCAUGGAUUUGAUCUGUCCUGGAAGUAACAACAGUUUAGACAGUGAGGUUAAUUCGGGGACAGUUUCUGCAACUGCGGCAGCGUCCUCCAAAGCUAGCGAUUCGGGAUUUCGCCCACCUUCAGGAUUCACAGACUCCAGGGAGCUAAAUGAGGCGGAAUGUGAUAGAGAGCAGCUAGCAUUAGACUUAGAAGUACAGAGAGUAAUGGAGAAUAAAGAUGGGCAGUUACAGAAAAUGGAUAAAGAGGAAUUAACCUCACUGUUGGCAAGGUACCAUGAAAAAAAGGAACAAGAACGCCAAGAAUACACGAUUCAUGUUUAAAAUUUUAAAAUAAAAUUGCCUCUACUCUACUGUAUUGCAAUAUAUACAUAGUUUUAUCCUAAAUUUAGAAACAUUUUUUUGUACAAUUUUAUUAAGAACUUAAAAGACUAAAAUAAAAUAUAAAAUAUCCUA